GCAUGCUGUUUUCUGUCAAUGUCAAACAAAAUGACAUUAACAUAUAGCCUUAAAAUUCGAUUAUUUAAAAGAUUAUUAAAUGAAAAACACUUAUUUUACCACGACUACAGCAGUAAUUCUCGUUAUAAUGUUCUGUUCUUCGGAUCGGACGGUAUAGCAUUAAAAAGUUUGAAGAAAAUAAACGAAUUCCGAAAAUCCGCAAACUGUGUCAACCGCCUCGAUUUAGUUACCACUAAUAACUCAAAGCACCGAUCAGUCACAGAGGAGUACGCUCAGAAAGAGAAUUUGAAAACAAUACCAUGGCCAUUGCAAAAUCUUCAGCAACUGGACUACGAUAUUGGGCUGAUUGUAGCAUUCGGACAUCUAAUACGAGAUCAUGUCUUAGAAAAAUUUCCUUUAGGCAUGGUGAAUGUGCACCCAAGCCUGCUGCCUCGCUGGCGCGGUGCGGCUCCCAUCAUCCACACUUUGCUGCACGGAGACCAGCUAACUGGAGUCAGUCUAAUGAGGAUCAAACCUAACAUUUUCGACGUGGGUGAAAUCAUCAGCCAAAGAACUGUACCUGUGCCUAAAGACAUUUUGCUGCCGGAGCUGACAGAACAGUUAUCCGAGAUUGGUGCUGACAUGCUAGUAGACUGUAUGAGAACCUUACCGGAGAGCUUGGCUAAUGCUAAACCGCAGAGCGAUGAAGGUGUCACUUACGCUAAAAAGAUCAACAAAAGCAUCAGUGACGUCAGAUGGUCAGAUAUGACUGCGACCGAGGUCUACAACUUAUACCGAGCUAUAUAUGGAUUGUACCCACUUACCACAACGUUUAGAAACAAACAAUUGAAACUAUUUGAUGCAUUUUUAGAUGUAACUGUAGAUAACUCUUAUGUUAGCAAACCAGUGGGGUCCCUCGAAUUUUGCGAAAAGAAAAAUGCAAUAAAAGUCCUAUGCAAAGAUAGUAGAUACAUAUAUUUUAGAUCACUUAGAAUAGUAGGGAAAAAAGAAAUAACUGCACUAGAUUUUUAUAAUGGAUACAUAAAAAAUAUGCCGAUAGAGAAAAGAAAAUGUAUGGUGGUUAAAUAGAAUAAAUAAAUAUAGAAAA